AUGGGUAAUGGGCUCAAUAAGGUGCUGCCUGACUUGUACUUGGGGAACUUCAAAGAUGCGAGGGACAGGGAACAGUUAGCGAGGAACAACAUCACACACAUCCUCUCUAUCCAUGAUAGUGCAGCCCCUAUCCUGCCGGGGAUGACCUAUCUGUGCAUCUCAGCAGCAGACCUGCCCACACAAAACCUGAGAAUGCACUUUAAACAGAGCAUCAUGUUCAUUCACGAGUCACGUCUCAAAGGAGAGGGUUGUCUGGUCCACUGUCUGGCGGGUGUGUCUCGGAGUGUCACCCUGGUGGUGGCCUACAUCAUGACGGUGACAGGGCUGGGCUGGCAGGAGGCUCUGGCUGCUGUGAGAGUGGCUCGGCCCUGCGCUGGGCCCAACCUGGGCUUCCAGCGCCAGCUCCAGGAGUUUGAGACCAAUCACGCUGACCAGUUCAGGGAGUGGCUUUGGCAAUUAUACAAAGAGAGGCCCUUCAACGACGAGGAUGACAUCCGCAUCCUGUUGGCCAAGAGUUUCAAACCCAAUGGGGUGGGGGUGGAGGGGAAUGUUGAGCCGUCCACCCCUCCAGGAUUGCAGGGUACCUGAGAUCCCUUAUCCAGGUCUGAAGGCUUACACUGUGGGAUGAUACCAC